AACAUGAGGUCUACAGCGGUUGGUGCAGUGUUGUGGGUACUCGUACUCGAGGCCACGGUUAGAAGAACGUGUGCUUAUGUCGCUCGUGCUCCGCUUCCACGGUUUAGUCGAAGAGCGCGGCCGGUUCAGUGCCUCGAGAUGGGAGCUACUUCCGGCCUGAUCGAGGUACUGACCGAGACCACGGCAUGCCAGGUGAUGCGGCUUGUACUUCGCAAUGGCAGGGAGGCGCACGUGUCCUGUUCUGUGGAUAGCGACGCAUUGGAUCUGCUGCAAGGAAGACUCAGAGGGGCGUCCGUUAGGGGACGAGGCUGGGCGAGCCGAUUGGGGUUAACUGCAAGAAGCAUCGACGUGGACGUGGGCAGAGUCCGCCUUGACGUAGGUGCGCUGUUCCGGCGUCGCGUCCUCCAUUUCGAACAACCCCCCCCCUCUGGAAACGCCAUCGUCGUGUUCAGCGCCGAAGAUUUCGGCAACUUCCUAGCUCACCCGCUUAUUCGUCGAACAGUGGUGGCCGGCCGAAGCUUCGUGUUUGAUCGGCAGGGGGUGGUUGUUGACCCGAGAAAGCGCACGGUGGCGUUUAGCGGGGUGUGGGGCGCGGAGAAGCUGCGCAUAGAACUCAGCCAGGCGGCCGCCCGUGCACCUUUAGUUUCGGCAGUUGUCCGGAGUGUCGUUGAUGGCUACGAUGAUAGCGGUCUCACAGACGAUGAUGCCAUUGCCUCUGACAUGAGCGAAUUCUUCAACAACCUUGAGGUAGACCUUGACGGACCAAGAUUAUCAUUCUCUUCGUUGUCGUUUGAGGGUAGCGGGAUUGAGAGUGGGAGAUUAAAGCUUGCCUUGGGAAUUGUGGUGCGCAAGCUUCCAAGUAUCCGAGCGGUAGCGUCAUUUUGAUUAUGUCUAGUGGUAUGAAGUGCAGCUAUGCAUUUGUAUAACUCAAGCUACUAACCCUGUACCCAUCCGAAAAGUGAUGCCGCACCUGUGUUUGAUCCAGCAGCGACUAGUGAUGUUGCCGAAUACUCCUCCUAUAGUCUAGAACUUGUUUUUCGCGAUCGCUAUCAUGUA